GUUGUUCACCUGUUUAAUAAAAUCUGCUGCUGCCUGAAAUAAUCGGGGAGCUGCCAGUGGCUGCUGGGUCCGGUUCGAUUCGGUUCGGUUUAAACACAGAAGGAAGUCGAAUAAUCGGUGCGGGGAAGUGGCGCGAGCUCAGUGCGGGUUUCACACCUUUUACAUUCAUAUUCUCUCUCUCUCUCUCUCGUCAUGGCUCUGCUGAUGGAGCACCAGUUCAGGCAGCUCCCUGCCGACAAACAGGUGGAGACUCGACCCUUCCUCGACGCAGUUUCCCACCUUCCGCCUUUCUUCGAUUGUCUCGGCUCCACUGUUUUUGCCCCCAUUAAGGCCGACAUCACUGGUAACAUAACUAAAAUCAAGGCAGUGUACGACAGCAACCCGAGUCGAUUCAGGACGCUGCAGCAGAUCCUGGAGGCGGAGAAGGAGAUGUACACGGCCGAGUGGCCCAGAGUCGGAGCUACACUCUCACUCAUGUGGCUCAAAAGGGCGCUGCGCUUCGUUCAGGUCUUCCUGCAGAGUUUAGUGGAUGGUGAGAAGGAUGAGAACAACCCCAACCUGAUCAGAGUGAACGUCACUAAAGCCUAUGAGAUCUCGCUGAGAAAAUACCACAGCUGGCUCGUGCAAAAACUUUUCAAAGCGGCGCUGUACGCUGCUCCGUAUAAGUCGGACUUCCUGAAGGCGCUGUCUAAAGGGCGUGAUGUGAAAGAGGAGGACUGCCUGGAAAAAGUGCGUCAGUUUCUCGUCAACUACACCGCCACCAUCGACGUCAUCUACGAGAUGUACACCAAGAUGAACGCUGAACUCGACUACAAAGCCUGAGCUGUGGCCCCGCCUUCUGAUUGGACUGAUCUGCGUUCUGACCGGACCACGUCUCUCUCAGGGUUCCUCUGAGCCUCUCGUUUGUUGUUUGUUUUUCUGUUCUGUUCUGGAAACGUGGUCCGUCCCGCAGGAGAGCGCCGACUCUUAUUCAGGACACUGCUGUGUGAAAACGCUGUCAGUUUGAUGUGUUCAGUGUCUUGCAGGGCGAGUGGACAUGAGGUACAAUCUCCUUAGAACAUUAUUUAUAACAUUAUGAGAAAUAAAGUAACAUUUAUAAUAAAGUGCAGGUCAUUUACGGUUACGCUACUUCAAAUAUUUAACAGUUAUUCUACAAAAUCGAGUCGUACAUGAGCUGAUAGGCGACGAGGCGCGUAGCACCGAGUCGUCUAUAAUCCAUGUACGACAAGAUUGAGUGGAAUAACUGUUUUAUUCUAUCCACAUUCACUGGAUUUUGAGAAACAGAGCAUUUUUAUUGUUAUUUUUUGCAAAUUCUAUAAAUAGAAAACUUUAUACAAAAUGUCCGACAAAAUCAUUUUCGCUUAGAAUGUAAACAAACCGGCGAAAUGACAAGAGCAGUUUGUGAAAAAUGCGAUAAUAAUAAUAAUUCUUGAAAAAUAAAAAAUACGUUCUUACCAUCAAAUACUUUCAUUCCAUAUUUUCUUGCUUUUUUUUUGUAUUUUUGGGGGUUUUGUUUUCAAGUAGAGUUUUUUUCCGUCCUCGCGCCGCCAUUUUUUCUUUAUCUUCUUUUCUUUAGGGUAUUUUUGGUGAUUUGGCAAAUGAACUUAAAGGUGCAUUACCGCCACCUGCUGGGCUGGAGUGUGGAACAGGCGAUAUUGGGGGGAAAAAAAACUAUAUUCUUUCAUUUAUCUAUUUCUGUUUCUUUUAAGUACUUGAUAACAAUAGUGAUAUAUCUGAUUUGAUGCGCUCCGCCAUUUAGUUUUUCUCUACUCACGGUAUAUGAGCGGAUAUCCUAGUAGUAGAGUAGCCAAUCAGAGCGCGUGAUUGCUCAUAUCCAGUGAAUGUGGAUAGACUCAUACAGGAUGGUGGAGGAUCAGUGCACUGUGCAGAGUAACAGACGGACUGCGGUCAGUAACUCGACCCUGAAGUGUGUGUGUGGGCUGUUUUUUUUUUUUAAUCGCACUCCUGAAGGAAUUCUGAAUAAUCACCCCUACUCUUACAGUUAUUAUUUUUAGUUACACCUGCCUUUUGCAUUUUUUAUUUAAAUUAAACUUAGCUGGCUCUAUUUAUGAAAAUAUGAAAAAAAUACAUAACUUUACACCGUUGUGUCCCGAGCCAGGAGUUACUGAAAAUUAAAGAAUCGUUAUGUAACUGAGCGAGCUUCAUAUCUGACCUCCUGCUCGUGAUCACAUGACCCUACGUUCACAUUAGUAAGGGAUGAACGUGCAGGAUCUUUAUCCAUGUACAGUACCUGCGUUAAAAACAGUCACGAUUUCAGCCACAGAUGCAGCACGACGCUGUGAAACACCCCAGACUGACUCCAGAGACUCCCUGGGUAAAUCCCGCGGCUCGAUAUUCCUUCAGUCCCUCACUCACAGCUGCAGUUCGUCCCCGUGCGCUGUCUGACGCACAGAAAUGGAAGAAAAGCUGAGAACCAUGGUUCCAUCUGACCCUGUUACAGAUAAAUAAAAGCCUGAAGGAAGGAGCACAGACUGCUGGUGGUUCCGGUGAGGGGGACCGAGGUCAUGUGGCUGAUUUUGUACAGCGUUUAAAGAAAAAUGAUGAAAAUGCUGACACACGGCAGAAUUUUGGUGAACUUGGGCGCGAUGUGACAUUUUUCUGAUUCUGGAGUUUGUGUAAUGUGAUUUCAUUUCAGUUUCUAAGUCAUGUGUUAUUAAGUGUUAAGAGGAUUUUAAAACUAUUUGGUGUGUGUGUGUGUGAGUGUGAGAGAGAGAGAGAGAGAGAGAUGAUGUUUAUAUGAGUGAGUUAAUGAUGCAUAAUAAACUGCCCUUGUGUUUGUAA